AUGAACGAAUUUCUCUCAUAUCUGUCUAUCAACCUUGGAUGCUCUUUUUUAUUCGUUGGCAUCUUGCUGGUGCUUCGCCUGCGGAUCCAUGAGGCCGCACUGCGUCGGUUUAGGCCCGAGGCGGCAGAGACGCGAAACCCAACGGACGUGGCCUCCCAGAAGGAAGCUCAGCGACCACUGAAGGUGGUGAUUCUUCACCCAGACCUCGGCAUUGGUGGGGCCGAACGACUUAUUAUUGACGCGGCUUUGGCCCUACAGAAACAUCAGCGUGUUACUCCCGUCAGUGUAUGUAUUGUAACAAAUCAUCAUGAUCCGAAACGUGCAUUUCCGGAGACUGUGGACGGUACUGUAAAGGUGGUGGUGAGUGGAGCGUGGCUACCCGAUCAUUUCUUGGGACGUGCAAAGGUUUUCUGCGCGACGUGUCGGAUGCUUUGGGCUGCCCUCAUGAUCUGCUAUUGCUACCCCGACACCGACUGUAUCUUUGUGGAUCAAGUAGCCGCCGUGCUACCGCUGCUCCACUUUGUUGCAACGCCCAUCCCACGUCUCUUUUAUUGUCACUUUCCUGAUCAAUGCUGUGACGCCAACCGUGAUGCGCAGGGGCGUUUUUUGAAACCCAUCUGGAGAGUCCAUAAACUGUACCGACGCCUUUUUGAUUAUUUGGAGUCUUGGGCGCUGAGCUUUGCGGACAGCAUUGUGUCAAACUCAAAGUUCAGCCGAGGGGUGACGGUGAGGGUUUUUCCGCAUCUUGAUUCGGUCAUUGACGCCGAGUCAGAUAUUUUUUAUCCUCCCGUUUCGUGGGCAACUAAGGAUCUCCCGACCGACACGACGCCCGACCUCGAGAAUGAUGAAUUGGCGCCGUUGCAUAACAGUCUAGAAAACCGAACUGUGGUGCUUAGCAUCAACCGUUAUGAGAGGAAGAAGAAUCUUCCACUGGCAAUUGAUGCAUUUGCACUUGUUGUGGCGGCGGUUUCUAAUGUCACCUCGAGGUCCCCACUUCUUGUCAUGGCCGGGGGUUAUGACGUCCGCUUGAAAGAAAAUGUGGAGCACCUGAAGGAGUUGAAGGAGUUGGUGGCGCACCACAACCUCACAGAUGAUCAGGUUCUGUUUCUACAGAACAUAUCUGAUGUGACUAAGGGCUAUCUUUUGUCGCAGUGUCGCUGCUUAGUUUACACACCAGCUAUGGAACACUUUGGAAUUGUGCCAACGGAGGGCAUGGUGUGCGCCAAACCAAUUGUCGCCGUGAACCAAGGCGGUCCAUGCGAGAGUGUGGGCGAGGGUGGGACACUUUGUGAUCCCACACCGGAGGCAUUUGCCGAAGCACUGACGGCAUACGUGAAGGACGAGGCGCUGGCAAAACGUGUGGGUGCAGCCGGACGAGAGCGUGCAUUAAAGCUUUUUGGAAUGGAUGUCUUUGGAGAAAAACUGGCAACAAGACUGGUGACCUUAUGGGCAAAGAAAAACGGAGAGCUGAAUUCUGCCCAAGACGAGGAGAGUGUUAAGAAGCAAAAGAGUAAUUAG